AUGGCCCAGAAUCAAGGGGAGAUUCAGGUCACACCGAAUCAACCCGUUAAUAAAGACAAGGAUAUUUAUGCUUGCCUACCUGAUAUAACCAAUGGUCCUUUGGGACCAGAUGAACCGUGUCCUGGUGGUGAAGAAUUGCGAUGGGUGCCUGCGCAGGCUACUGAUAGAGACUUGGUUAUGUAUUUAAGAGCUGCACGGUCUAUGGCAGCAUUUGCUGGUAUGUGUGACGGCGGUUCACCUGAUGAUGGAUGCGUAGCUGCCAGUCGCGAUGAUACUACUAUUAACGCACUUGAUGUACUCCAUGAUUCUGGGUACGACCCAGGUCGGGCUUUACAAGCUCUAGUAAAAUGUCCAGUUCCUAAAGGAAUUGAGAAAAAAUGGUCUGAAGAAGAAUCUAAAAGGUUUGUUAAAGGUAUCAGACAAUUUGGUAAGAACUUUUUUAAAAUAAAAAAAGAUUUGUUACCCCAUAAAGAUACUGCAGAGUUAGUGGAAUUUUAUUAUUUGUGGAAAAAGACCCCAGGUGCAAGCAGUAAUAGACCGCAUAGGAGAAGACGUCAGGCUUUGAGACGAGUUCGGAAUACUAGAAAUUCUAGAGCAGGAACUCCUAAAGAACAAACACCAGAAGCCACACCUCCAAUACCAGAAACAAAUGGUUCUCGUCCAUCACCAAAUCCAAAAGAGGGUGGUGAAAUGAGUUCAGUAACCGAAGAUGAAAACUCCGAGGAUGACAGUGACUCAAGAGAUGCAGGUGAUCUUGCCAAGGCUGAUAAUGGUAGAAGUGGGGACAACCCUGAAGACUCUCCCAGCAGAAUGAGGACAAGGAAUAAGUCAAAGGAACAAACAACUCCUAAUAAAAAGAGUCAAGAGGAAAGUGAUACUGAUGUCAAAGUUAAAAAACCAACCAAAUCCUCAAAUCAUCAACCAAGUACACAGAUCACAAAUAUAGUAAUCAAUCCACCAGAAAAAGUUCCACCUUCACCAGUUAGUAAAGAUCUGAAGAAAAAAGUUUCAAAUGGAAAAGUGGAUGUUUCUAAAGUUAAAAAGAGACUUCCUGACGAUUCAAAGAUUGAAGGAAUUAUGGAUGGUGAUGUGCAAAUGAAGAAAAAGAAAGCAGCUGAACCUCCUGAAAGUCCAUCUGAGAGUCUCACUAAUGACAGCUUCCCAGCUAUGGAUGAAACUGAAACUCCAGAGGCUGAACCUGAAGCCUGUGAUUAUAGCUUUAACAAGAAUGAUAAAGAGAAUAUUGAGCAAAAUAAGGAGGCUGAAAUAGAACAAUCAAUUAAACCUGUAGAUGCACAAGUUAAAGUAGAACCCAAUAUUGAGCCCAUCAUAAAAAUGGAGAAAGAGUCCUUGCCUUCUGCAUUUAAAACUGUUGCCGACAAAGAUAGAAGCGCUUUAGACCUUAAAACAGAUUCAAAUUUAGUUAAACCUCUUGAGAACAUAGAGCCUCGACCGCUCACAGUGUUUCCAAAGACUGAACUUAUUAUACCUAAAGUCAAUAUGCCCACAGAGAGUAUGGAAAAGAUAAAAAUCAAGGAAGAGAUAGAUACAGAUGAACACUCUCUAAACUUGCAAAAAGAGGAAUUCCAAAAAGACCCCCUUGCUCAAAAUUAUCCACCACAUUCAAUUAAUCAAGUAAACAAGCCUCUUAACCUAGAGCACACAAACUUCUUUGUGAAAGAUAGUCAUAUUUAUAAUCCUAAACUCAGCCAUAACAUCAAAAUAGAGCCUGUUUCAAAUUCAAUAUUCAACCCUGUUAACAUUACAAAAGAUAGUAAUUCUAUUAUUAGAAGUGCUAAAGACUUUUCAAGUGGUAUGCCUUCAUUCUCAUACCCUCCAAAUAUAAAUUUUGCUAAUGAUCCCAAUAAACACAAUCAAUUAAUCAACCCUUUAAAAACAGUUAUAAAAUUAGAACCCAGAGAUGAAGCAUCUGAAAUGAAAAAUCAGAAUACACCUGAAAUAUUUACUGCAACAAUAUCUGCCAAUAAAGUUGAUUCACCAAAUAUACCUCGUCUUGAUUCUUUGCAAAGGAUAAGUCCAUCUCCAACAAGUGCUCGUGGAUCAUCACCAUCUCAUAUAGAACAUCCUUCAGGAAUGAACACAGAACCUAUUUCUCCAGCGAACACACAAGAAAUGAAAGCACAAGAAUCAGAUCAAGAUGAAAAACAGCCCACUGACUUAAAAACUCAACCAAUGCCUAAAAAUGAUAGCCAAAAUACUAAUACUAGACCAUCUAUGUUCCCUGCACCAAUAAGACCAGACAAUUUGGGAUUAAGGCCUUCAGAAGCACCAACUGUACCUGUGUCUGGCCAGAGUAUGCCUCCACCAUUGAGUCAGCCCUCUAUAUCUGGUCUACUACCUCCCGGUCCUCUAAUUUCAGUCAGUGGAGGUGCAAAUAAUGUUGGACCUUAUGGAUUUAUGCCAGCAGGAUUAUAUGGACAUCCCGGAUUAGAAAAACCAAAUUCCUUACCACCUCUUAUGCAACAAAUGCCUCCAUCGCAUAGCUUAGCUGGAGCUAGUUUAAUGCAAUCUCAAUCCAGUCAAAAUGAUCCUUCGAUGCCACAAGACUUGAAAAUAAAACAGGAAGUGCCAGAUAACAUGCCAGCUAAUCUUUCAACGCAAAAUGUCACAGAUCCUUUACAAUCACUAAAAGAAGUAAAAGUGCCUGGGUAUCCUAUUGGAAGUUCGAUAGCACAACAUUUAAGUUCUGAAAGAGAUAGAGAUUCAAUGUCAAGUGUUGAAAACAAUAGCAGACCUUCAAGUCAACCUACAAAUGAUAAUUCAAGUAUGCAGAGUGCAUUCUUGGGACCAAGAAUAGAGAGCAUAAAAAAAGAACCAGAUUUUCUCCAUCAGCCUCAUAUUACGCCAGUUUCCUCACAUCAAGGGAGCAGCUCCGAUUCUGCUAGUGCCAUUCCGCCUGUGAAGAGUCCUCACACUCCAACACCAAUUAAGAGUCAGUCAGGCCAUAAUGGAACACCCAAUCACCCCCACCCCUCUGCUACUACAUCACCAUUCUCCAGACAUCUUACAAGCCCUUCUCAGCCAAGACAAAUAUCGGCAUCUCCUGUGCAGCCAAAUACACCAGUUUCACAUUCAGCUCUAAGUCUGAUGAAUCCAACACCAUUGUCCAUUCCAUCUACAAUGGCAGGUCCAGUUAUACAUUCAAGUCAGCAACAUGGCCCACCACAUCCAUUUGCAUCUCACCUUCAUCAUCCCCACCAUCCUUUACUACAUCCAUCAUCAAUAUUUCAAUUAUCAGCUGCUGCUGCAGCUCAUGCAAUGCAUCCCUAUUACCCACACCCACAUCCUGGAUAUUCAAUGCCCUACCCAUAUCCAUAUGGCCCACUUCCUCAACCACAUCCUAUACCCCCCAUGCACCCUUCGGCAAGUACUCCUGGGCGGCAUGAACCAAUAAAACCAAGUACAAUUGAAUCAACAACAAUGUUAAGUGCUCAUCAUAGUACCAGCUCAUCUGUUACAACGCGGUCCUUGAGGGAGAUAUCAGAGUCAUCAGAAGAUCCUAGAAAUCCAAAUGCAACUACAGAAAGACAUCAGUUGCAUGAAACGACAAUGACACAUCAUCAUUCUACAAGUCACCAUAGUGCAGUGCAUACGAGUACAGAAAAGCAGCCUAGUCAUGUGGGUGGUGGAACAAAUCAUACUCUUUCUAUUUCACACUCAACAUCAAGCAGUUCGUCGCAAUCUAUACAACAUAAAAUUAACACUCAACAAAAAAGUAGUGCCCAUUCAAAUUCGCCCCAUCAUUUGGCAGCAAGUCUCUCACAAACAACAAGUUCAUCUUCAAGUGUUAAUAAUCACACUCAUCACCACUCGCAUCACUUAGCCCACCAUCCUGAAAGGCUCUCUCCAGCAGAUUCUAUGCUCUUAAGGCACCACCCUAAGAUGCUUCCAGGCAAUCCAAACCACUUAAUGAUACCACCUCCAUCGAUGGGCCACCCUAUGAGCUUAGCACUUCCACCAGGCCCCGGACCUAGUUCGAUCGAAAGCUUGAGGAUGCAUGCUCAGGCUGCAGCUGGGCUACAAGCAGCUCAUGCUAGAUCAGGAUCUCCCCAUCAGCUUGGCCCAGGACAUCCACACUUAAGAGGGCCUCCACGACCAAUGCCUGAAGAUAAUCCAGAGUUAAAAUUAGAAACUCAAUCAGUACCAGAAGAAGAAGAAAUUCCAAGCCCAGCCCAUAUUUCUCAUGGCCCUAGCCCAGAACCUAAAAUUGAAGAUACUGAGUGUCAUAGAUCACAGUCAGCUAUAUUCUUACGUCACUGGAAUCGUGGUGAUUAUAAUUCGUGUACGCGGACUGACCUUAUAUUUAAACCGGUGCCUGAGUCAAAGCUUGCACGCAAGCGGGAAGAGCGUUUGCGAAAACAGGCAGAAAGAGAUCGAGAAGAACGAGAAAAAAUUGCUCAACAAGCGCACAGAAAAAUAGCAACACCAGAAAAACCUGACACGAAACCGCCUUCACGAGGGGCUAUAGAAACAAUAUCUUCUCCGUAUGACAGAUUUCCUCGCCCACCUGGUUACCCUGAUUCGCCAUCUUUAAGGCAGUUGUCUGAAUAUGCUCGUCCGCAUGCUGGAUUUAGCCCUGGAAAUCUUCCUCGACAUUGUAUGGAUCCUAUGCUGCAAUACCAAUUUAGUUCUAUGUAUGGUGCGGCUGGGGCGCGAGAGCGGCUCGAGUUGGAACACCUUGAAAGAGAAAAACGAGAUAGAGAAAUAAGAGAGUUACGAGAAAGAGAAUUGAACGAUAGACUAAAAGAAGAGCUAAUGAAAAAUAAUGUAGGUCCGAGAGCUUUGGAUCCUCAUUGGUUGGAGAUGCAUCGAAGAUACGGGAUGCCUCCACCUCCUCCUCAAGGUGCGAUACCAGUUCAAUUUGGCCUUUAUCCGCCAGGACAUGGACCGGGUGCUUUAUCCCAAUUAGAACGAGAACGACUGGAAAGACUGGGUAUUCCUCCAGGGGGUGGAGGCGGGCCACCUCAAAAUGUGCCCGUGAGCGGUGCCCCCCCUCAUCAUCCGCACCAUCCUCAUCCCGGGGUCGCUGCAGCCCAACUGGAAGCUGCUGAGAGGCUAGCUCUGGCUGCCGAUCCAAUGGUGCGCUUGCAAAUGGCGGGUAUCAAUCCUGAAUACCAUGCGCACACGCACGCUCAUACCCAUGCACAUUCGCACACACAUUUACACCUACAUCCUGGACAGCAAGCAGCGGCACAAGCGCAGCAAGAUGCCUUAAGUCUUGGGCUCGGAGGAAGCGGCCCAUAUCGACCGCUGCCACAUCCUGACUUGCUCGGGAGGCCCUAUGCUGAACAAUUGGCCCAGCAAGCAGCAGCUCAUGAGCAACUCCAGCGACAAUUGCUUAUGGAGCGUGAGCGAGGCUUUUUACAUCCUGCGCAUCAUGAAGACUUUUUACGACAGCAAAGAGAGAGGGAGCUGAAGGUGAGGGCGCUCGAAGAAGCCGCUCGAGCGUCCCGUCCUUAG